AUGCUAAUGUCGUUCGUGUGGGGCGUUCCUUGUGGUGACUGCAGUCCGCAGCUAGAGCCUCGCCCCUCCCUCAUCGCUAACCAGCUCAGCGCUCAACGUGAGCAGCAGUCAAGAUCGAAGGGGACUCCUUUAUUCUUCACAGAGGGACCAUCAUUUUUUUACCAUGAUCUGGUGACUAUUGAUCUCAAUAUGGAGUUGUACUGGUACAUAGUGGUCAUCAUAUUCAUCGUCAUCAAGAUCUUCUUCUAUGUGUGCUGGUACCGCUCGCGUCAGAGACAGCUGGCCGCGUACCUCAACAACCCUCGUAAUUCCCAGAUAGUUAUCGUGGGAGGGAGGGCCUACGUGCAUCAGAUGUGUGAGAGACAGAAUACGUCUAUCUGGCCCAGUUGGUAUGGGGUUCAGGAUGAGGGAUCAGUGGGCGAGCCUUCCGCCUCCCUCCCCACGGCAGCAUCCUUCUCUCACCUGGACAUGCCUCCACCAUACGAAGCUGUCUCCGGAGCUGAUGACCUGAAGCCUCCUCCGUACAGUGAGGUUGCCCAGAGCGACGACUUCGACGCAUCUCGCCACGCCUCUCUCCCCCUUCUCCCUCCCCCUCUAUUUGAGGGCGAGGACUCUGCCAGCAUCAUAAGCGAGGCCCCGCCUCCAUACACACCCAGCCCCAAUCGGCAGGAGGGUCCCGUCAACCCCAGCCAAUCACAUUCAGAGGACCGACCCAGCUAGACCCAUCACAAAUCCUGCUGCCGACCGACUCUUUACCCGCCUUUCCAAGUGAUGCCCUCCUCCCUGCCAUCUAACCUCAGCGAUCUCUGCCAGCUAUGCUCUCACUAAACCAAGAGGGCAGACUUUGUUUUUGUUUUCUAGGUUUUAAAAAGGUUGUUUUCUAUUUUCUACUGUCUGAAAGGGAUUUUAUUGUGGUCAUUGAUAUGAUAAUUAAUAAAAUAUAAUGUGGUGGAGUUGAUGGGAGUUUGACUCUGCUGGACCGCUGCGCCUCUGGAACACCCCACUGCCUCAUGGGAAGGAAAGAUGUACACAGCAGCCAGCAGCAGAGAGGAGAAAUAAUGCAACAAUGUCCUUCAGUCCAGUGCUGUGUCCUCCAGUCCAGUGCUGUGUCGUCCAGUGCUGUGUCCUCCAGUCCAGUGCUGUGUCCUCCAGUGCUGUGUCCUCCAGUCCAGUGCUCCCCAUCAGAUGUGUAUACUGAACACCCUUUCAGAAACUGAUUUAAAAGACUGUUCUACGGAUCUUUAUAACGUCCAACAGCAUUUUCCUUGGAGAUUUAGCGAAGGAUGUCGAUUAAUUUCCAAGAAAUCUACUGAAAAGAAUGUUGGAAAUAAUGUAGUUGAUCAUAAUGGUUAUUCUACAAUCAUCACAAUAAUGAGUAACAUCUUCAGUCCAUCGUAGCUUCACGCUCUCGUCACUUGUCAGUGGCUUGGUUAGAACUUAACCACGUGUAUAAUUAUGUCAUUUUCUGUUAUUGUCUCACCCCGUGGGCCAGGAGUUUUUCCCCAACCAAAAGCUCUGGACCUAAAGCCUAUAACUAGGGUCCAGAGGUUUUGCUGGUCAGGACAUGUUACUCCAGAGAAACUCUAAGCCCUAGUCGUCUCCAUUCACUGGAUAUGGGAGAUGUCAUGCGACUGCUACAGUCUCGUUGCAUUUACCAUAACCCCAUUGGAACGUGUAGACUAGAGUUUUGUCCCAAUCACAUCGCCUUCCUCCCUAUAACUGCAUUUUGUUCUCUUCAUUGAUUUGAAAGGAAAUGACUAGUAUAAGUUGGUGGAAACUCCCUCUAACACAUGCCCUCCACCAGUCCAAUGCUUUUAGCUAUAUGGGAGGUAGGGAAAGAAUGCAUGAUUCAGGGGAAAUAAGAUAUUGUGACACCCUAAGUAUCCCAACUAUCUGGUUCCUUCCUUCCCACGGCUGUUAAUGGAUGAGCUAAGGGGCUUUAUGAUGACCACUCUGCAGAGGUCUCUGGUGUGUACACAAACAAUAAUGGUGUAGAAUGUGUGGUAAAAAGGACUAUGGGAAAGUAAACUAAUGAGACCCGUUUUGAAACAUGUCUAUAAGCAUAAAUAGAAAGGUUGCCGAUGGCUUUAGAUGUUAUUGUUACAUGAUUGUCCUCCAUUUUGUGAUGACGACUCUGUGUGUCCGUCCCAGAUUCGUAACCUUGCCUCAUUGGCCUUACUCUAUACAGUUAUUAGUAUUGAGUUACUUCAUUCAACAUCUCUGCACAUGGUUGGAACCAAAUAAAGACCAACACCUUGAUUUACACACUUCAUAAUAUAGCAGGUUUCUGUCCGAAUAAACGAGCUAGGUUAUUUGAAAAUGUUUCAUUGUGAUGUUCAUCCCUGUGGUUUAAGUGCUAGACAUGUCAAACCAUCCCAAACAAGUAGCCUUAUGCAUUAUGGGGUUUGAUUCUGCAUUUCAGAGACUUGAUUUUAUUGUUGGGAAUUUUGGGGAUUAAUUAAUUGUACAUUAAACAUAUGUUCAUGUCUCGUUUCUGGUGUGUCCGUCUUUUCACAGGUCAAAUGUAAUUGUCACAUUGAGGCCGUUGUUCUACAAAUAAAGUUGCAGUUCUAAAGGA